AUGCCUUCCCGAUUUCGUCUUGUUGAACUCAUUGUUCUCCUGUAUUUAAUUAAAAAGAUCACAGCUACAGUGGAGUUAACCAACAUUAUUUGCACUUCCUUGGACCCUAAGUUCGCUGACUUUGAGUAUUGUUACCUUAAAUCUAUGAAUCGUACCUAUAAAUACAUGUCUUUAAAGGUUAACUUGUUUAAGAAGCCCAUAACCAAAGCAAAGGUAAACGCAGAAUUACUAAAAAGAUUCAGUGGCUAUAAGCCAUAUCUCUAUAACGUGACCGUAGACGCCUGUCGAUUUCUGAAGAACACAAAAUCUAAUCCCAUUGCAGCAUAUUUGUAUGGUUUCUUCAAGAAUCACUCCAAUAUGAACCAUUCAUGCCCAUUUAAUCAAGAUAUAGUGGUUGAAAAACUUUCCAUCAACGCAAUCAACACCCAUGUAACCGAGGUUCUGCCCUUUCCCACAGGAGACUACCUCUUUCAAACGAAUUGGAUAGCCUAUGAUAUUAAUCGCGCCAAUGUCAAAGUAUAUUUUUCACUUUACUAA